GCCACUGAGCCGUGAGCGCGGCCUGCUGUUCGCUUGGUUGUGCUGCUGCCAGGCGCAGCCUCCACAGUGGUUCUGCCAGCGGACCUUAACGCUGGUUUGGGAAGGCUACACCAAGGAAGACUUCGAUCUAGGAAAGAAAACAAUUACGGAUUAAUUUAGAUUUUUCACCCCAAAAAAAUCUUAAGUCAGUAAAAAAUCCGUACCAUUGUCCUGCCCAAGCUCUGCCACUAGGCCAGGGAGACUGGCCAGACGUGCCAUGCUGUGAAACCCAGCUCUCCCCUUCAGCACACACAUUACAGCAAGUUCAUCACCAGUUUGAGCAGGGCUAGAAUUGGCAAUGGUGGGUCUGAGCACAGCCACCUGUUACAUCUCUGCUCAAAACACAUUUGCAAAACCAGAACUUUGAUUGUCACCUACAUGAGCUUGAAGUAUCCUAGAGAGGGUGAGUGUCCACGGUGCACAAUUCUGUUCCCUUAACAUUAUGGUAUUUCCUUCUGUGUCAAAUACCUACCUACAUGUUUGUUAAGGAAGUUCCUCAUAAUCACUCACAUCACUUAAAUUGAAAGUCACGCAUUUAAAAAACAAAUAAUAAUGGCAUCGUUUUAAUAAACAGCUAGGAAAAAAAAAAGCCUAACAGUGUUCCCUUAGGGCAUACAUAGUUCGGAAAUUAAUUCACAAACAUGAUGAAAUUACCUUCUGCUUCUCCUUUGAGAAAGCUAAUAUAAAUUAUUUUAGAGGAAUAUGAGCAUAUACAGUACAAUUUUAAAGGUGCAGAAAUCCAGGUAGAUAGACUGUGAUCAAUUCAGCAGAACUAUUUCAGCAAAUGACAGUUUUCACUUCUCUUUUAUAUGAAAAGAAGUACACUAGUGUAAUUACCAAAUGUUGUAUUGGGUUUUUCCCUGAACAGCUAGCCAAGCAAAUUAGUUAACAAACAAAAUUCCUACACUUCUAACUAUGCUUUGUUAGAGAUUAAAUACCUCUGCACAGAUGCCAGAAAUCCACAGUCAUUGUUUAUGCAACUUUAAAGACUCUCUUGAAAACACACAUAUCCAGAAUUAGCUUACAACUAAAUAUUUUUGCAUUUCCCAAGAGGCUGUGUUUUGGGUUUUUUUGUUUGUUUGUUUGUUUGUUUUUGUUUUAAAAAUCUUCCCUCCCUACAUGACCUCAGCAAUUCAGAGGUUUCAAACUGCACUGUGGAAUCUCAUCUUUCCAGCCUAGGCACCUACACACACAUCUGCAUCUGGCCAGCCAAAACUCUCUUCAAAUUCCUGCUAUUAAUUAGUUCUUGAGCUUCAGGUCAAAUUUUGCACACCUCAUUGGUGCCUGAAAAACUCUUCUGCUUUUGAGUAACCAGUACUUGUACUGGUACAAACACAAAAGCAACAGUUCUCAUCUGUUUUGUAUGGGGCAGCCCUAAGUGCCAGUUAAGGACAAAGCUUCCUGGCUACAACUGUUCUGGAACAUAACUUAGCAAAAAUUCCUCUGUGCUUUGUAUCUCAGAUCACACAUCUUGCAUAGGUAUCAACGAAAUUAAAUUGGAAAAAUGGUUCUAAUACAUGUGUAAGCAGUCAGAUAAACCGAGAUGUGCUGGUGAAUCUCACACCCUUCUGUAUCAAAAGCAGCCAUGCAGCCCAUUGUUAAUUGUCUUUGCUGAAGGGUACUGCUGCUUUCACAGAUUGUUGCUUCACUCUGCCUGUAAAGUCAUUAAUUGAUGCUUAAUUAAAAAAUGUUUAUUUUCCUGUCGAUUUCUUUGGUUGUAUCAUCUACACAAAAUGAAUCAGGAUUAGUUUUAGGAGUUUCUUGGUACUUAAAAUCACUUGGGACUGCUGGAAAACAUCACGUUGAGCCCACAGUUUUAACCACACAAAUCUGCAGGCAUCACUCUCCGUUUUUGAUUGUUGCCUCUGUCCCUGUUGCUAUAGAAACAGAUCACACUGCCAAAAAUGGAAGGUUGAUAAUCAUCUGGAAAAAAAAAAAAGCUGGGAACACAGCUAAUGAUUAUUUUGAAAGCACUUUCUUGCAUUUUGAUAUUACUCCCUUUUUGUAACAGAGACAGCCAGAAGCAAUCAACGGAAGUGGAAGCAGUGCUUUACAUUUCAGGAGAAACCUCGAACAGCAUUUUCCCUCAAUUAUCUUUUUUAAGUUGUUUAAUAUCUAUAUAGGCAAAACAAACUACAUUGCAACAAACAGUUUCUGAUCACUGGAAGUGGUGAAGUCCCGCCUGCUAGACUGAAGUGUCAUGGCUUGGUGCCCUUUUCUCUGAAUUGCAUUCAGAAUUUCUGCUCCUUCUGCCUGUAGUCGUGUUCUGCAGAGCAUUUUGGGCUUCUGCUAUUAAUUUCCGAUAGGACGGGCGGUAGCAGGGAAGAUGCGGUGGGUGCCCAGCCCGCAGCCCUCCUGACCCUUACUGACAGUUCGGCGCCGGGCAACGGCCGGAGGAGGAGCAGAGCGCAAACGGAAAAUGCCAUCGUUACAUUCCCAGUGUUCCUCCUGCCUCGCCAGAGGCCGUGGGACCCCAGGCCCGGCUAUGGAGCAGAGCUGCGGCGGGCCCGGGCCCAGCGGCCGGGGUAGAUCCGGGGCCGGCAGCCGCAGUAGCUCGGCCCCAGCGGUGGCCGCGGCCGCGCUCCCCCGUGGCCGAGCCCGGCCGGGCCGGGCCCGCACGGCCCUGGAGGUUCGGCCCGAGCCGCCUUCGGGCGCGGGGCUGCCGGGGGAGCUCGGCCGGCGCUGCUGGAUGGCGCUGCGCUGCGAGCCGCUGCCGCAGGAGCCGCUGCCGCAGGAGCCUGCCGCAGGUACGGCUCCACCCGGCCCGGCCCAGCCCGGCCAGGCCGGCAGCUCCCCGCUCUGCCUAGAGAGCCGCUCCAGUGGUACCGUGCCGGCAAAAGCGAAGGAGUCAGUGAUGAGGAGAGAUGAAGAUCCUCCAGCACCUUUUCUGCUUGGACAACAAUACUAUGAACAGGGGUUGUAUAAAGAAGCAUUAAAGCAAUUUGAAAAAAUCAAGGAUACGUAUUUUCAAGCAAUGUAUCAGCUUGGUGUAAUGUAUUAUGAUGGACUUGGCACUAAAAAAGACCCUGCAAGGGGAGUGGAAUACAUGAAUAAAAUACUCAACUCUGAUUCCCCAGAAGCAAAACACUUGAAGUUUGCAGCGGCGUACAAUCUUGGCAGGGCUUAUUAUGAAGGAUGUGGUGUUAAACAUUCAACUGAAGAGGCUGAAAGGUUGUGGCUUACUGCUGCAGAUGAUGGAAAUCCAAAAGCAAGUAUAAAGGCCCAGAGUACUUUAGGAAUGCUUUAUUCUAUGCCAAUUCUAAAAGAUCUGGAGAAGGCCUUUUUCUGGCAUUCAGAAGCAUGUGACAAUGGAAAUCUGGAAUCACAGGGAGCACUUGGCAUUAUGUAUCUCUAUGGACAAGGUACAUGUCAAAACACUAAGGCUGCUUUGGAGUGUUUGAGAAAAGCAGCAGAACUUGGAAACACCUAUGCUCAAGGCCAUCUUGUGGAAUAUUACUACACUAGAAAAUUUUACUCAAAAGCCGUUGCACUAGCCAAAAGGGCUACAGAAAAUGAUGACAUUGACAUGCUAGCCAAGAUAACUGAUUGUCAUCCAACAUAUGUAGCCCAGGGGGCUGCUAUGGCUGCUUUCUACUUGGCUAGAUGCCUCCAGCUUGGCCAAGGCAUAAAGAAAAACGAGCAUGCUGCUGAAACAUACUAUGCUAAAGCAUGCCAGCUGGAUCCUGCUGUUUCUUCUCACCUUGAAUCGGCAGCUAAUCUUGGGAGAAUUUAGUGUUUGUUUUAACUGUGACUGGUGCAUAAAUAUAUUUCCUACAAUAAACCAUCAUUAAUCUCCACCAAUUAUAGACUGUUCAUCACUUACUGCUUGCUUUUCAACUUCCUAUAAAUUAUUAUUUAAAGCAAUUCACUGAUUCAUUUUAUCUAAAAUAAAGAGAAAGUAAAAACCUCACACUUUCUUUAACUCAGAUGAAACCAAGACAGAUUUUUGAAAAAUCUUAUUGAAGAUUUAUUAAAGGUUUAUUAAGGACAUUUCACUGGGACAGAUGUAUUUUCUUCAUGUCAUAUUGCUACACAGCACAUGAAUCAUAACAAAACCAAAUAAAGAUGGUUGUUUCCUUUUUGCAUGUAUAAUAUUUUAAAUUUAAUAUUCUGAAAAGCUUGAACCCAAGCUUGUCUCAUUUUCGCAUACAGCCCACUCACAGUCUACAGCUGUUUUUAAAGCUUGACUUGUUAGUGGUGCUUAUACUUUCUUCCACAUACUUUCUAAAGCACCUAGUUUUACUUAAGAGUCUUUAUACAUUUUACUUUUAGAUUGCAGAGACUCAAAGUUGGAAACUUUGAACACUAGAACACCAAGCUUUACAAAUCAAACCAUACCAGCUUCUAAAACUAAUAAAUACUACUUACAGAACCGUGGGGAGAAAAGCCCCAAACAUUAGUAUGGAAAUAGUCAAUACACGUCCUCAGGACAAGGCCUGUUUUCCUCAAUCCUUCAUACUGCAUUCCCACUGCCUCUGUAUUAGAAAUAGUUGGAAAUCUUCUGGCUAUGUCUGAACAAUGUCAAGCUGGAUCUUUUAUCAAAAGAUACUUUGAUUAACCACUAGAAAAACUUACUGCUUGCUAUGAUAAGCCUGCACAUUUCUAAAUGCCUGUUUACUUAUGAAGCUUUGUAAGUGCAGAAUUUGCCUUGCUUCUUAGGACUGUGCCAGGACUUGAAAACUUUUCCGAAACUGUUGGAACAGAAGGCUAGGUGUUACCAAAAAUGUUGAUUUAAAUAGAUCAGACAUACUGUAUGUACCUUACAGUACAGCCAGUCAUAACUGCAAGUAGUUUUUCUAAGAGCACAACUGUACCGAGCUGAGAAGACAGUAAUGAGUGCCAGCUAGGGAUUUUUGAUGAUGUUUAAUUAUUUAGAUGUGCAUUAACGUCAUAUUUACAUGUUUUUACAUAAAUUUAAAAAAAAAAAAACACACUGAAGACAGUUUUCUCUCCUUGUAUAAAAUAAGAGAAAGAUUUGAAGGUUAUUUGAAAUUGGGGCAUUUGAAUAAAACAGCCCUGAAUAAUAUCAGGGAAGUUAUCAGAUUUAUCAGAAUGGUUUAAUUAAAUGUCUACUUGAUCAUUCAUAGAA